AUGUUGUUUAUCAAUUCGAACAGGCCAAUAGACAUAUUCACUCUCGCGGGUCUAAUCUAUGUCUGCGCUCUUUACAAGAUCCACGAUUACCUUCAAGUUAAUAAAGCUGCACGUACCGCCGCUGACAUGUCACAAGACGUCUGCCACCGGCAGCGGCGAUCCCUCAACGAAUUCCAAUCGGGAAGAGCGAAAAAGACACGAGCCGAGCAUGCACGGAUAAAAAGUAGCGGAGCGGGCGCAGCGCCGCGGGAGGCACCGAGCGCGCCCCGCUCACCGCCGCCCCACGCCGCCGCCGCCGCACUCCUAAUGCGCAACUGA